ACCCCCCAGUCACGGCCCCACAAUGCAGCGCGCCAGAAUCAUGCACGGCAGGCGGUGAUCGCCGCUCCUCCACCGGUGAUUGAGGUCACUCUUCCUUUUAGGAACAUUUACAGACAACAAAUAUGGGCAAGAAACGCAUCAAAGGGAAAACUGCACAGUCUGAUGAGUCUCUGGAUGUACUGAAACCUGUGUGCAAGCAUAUUCGUAAAGGACUGGACCAAGGGCAUGUGAGAAAGGCACUGCAGAAUGUGGAAUGGCAUGUUUGUCAGGACUGCAAGGCAGACAGUAAGACACAAGAGAAGGCUAAGGAGGAGGAGACUGAUGAAGGCACUUUGAUAUGGUUAUGCCUAAAAUGUGGCCAUACGGGCUGUGGCAGAUAUUCUCCAGACCAGCAUGCUUUAAAGCAUUAUGAAACACCAAGAUCAGAUCCCCACUGUUUGGUUCUCAGUUUGGUCAACUGGAUUGUGUGGUGCUACCUAUGUGAUAAUGAAGUUCCAUAUAAAACUUCAACCCUUUUGGGCCAGACUGUGGAUUUUGUUAGAAAACAAGUUGGUAUUGACUCAUCACAUGCAGUUGAAAAACAAGAGAACAAAGAAGUUGAAAAUAGAAAAGUAGAAAAAGACUGCAAAAAUGAACAAGAAAAAGAAGUUUCACUUAAAGAAGAAAAUUCUUAUUCAACUGCUAAUGGAGAAGUCACUGUGAAAGGACUUAGUAACUUGGGGAAUACAUGUUUCUUUAAUGCAGUGAUGCAGAAUUUAUCACAAACUCCAGUUCUGAGGGAGCUGCUUAAAGAAGCUAAAAUACCUGCCACAACAAUUAAAAUUGAGUCACCUGAGCUAUGCAUGGAACCUCAGCUAAUAAAACUAGAUCAACCGGGUCCUUUAACACUAGCCAUGCAUCAGUUUGUGACAGAAAUGCAAGAGACAAAAAAAGGGGUAGUGACUCCUAAGGAACUUUUUGCUCAGGUUUGUAAAAAAGCAAUACGAUUCAAAGGUUAUCAGCAGCAAGACAGUCAUGAACUGCUUCGUUACUUACUUGAUGGAAUGAGAGCAGAAGAAAUCCAGCAAAUAAGCCUGGGAAUGCUAAAGGCGCUGAGUGACUCUAACAAACAAAAUGAAGAAGAACUUAAAAAGAAAAUUAAAGAAUAUGAAAAGAAAAAGGGAAUACAAAGUUUUGUAGAUCGAAUCUUUGGUGGAGAAUUAACCAGCACAAUUAUGUGUGAGGAAUGCAGAACUGUGUCCUUGGUCCAUGAGUCUUUCCUUGAUUUGUCUCUUCCCGUACUAGAUGUUCAGAAAGGGAAAAUUUCAAAGAGAGAAAACAUUAAAAAAAACAAAGAAACGGAAUCUGAAGAUGAAGAGGAUAAAAUCAAUGACCAUUACCUUAAGCAGAAAUAUGAGCCCCAUGGUACAAGUAAGCACCUUCAGAAAAAAAUGAAGAAGCAGGCAAAAAAAAAAGCCAAGAGCCAACGCCGGCAGGAAAAACUUCAGGGGAAGGUGCUUCACUUGACAGAUAUCUGCGCAACUGAACAGCUAGAGAUAGAUGUCAAGUACAACCAAGAAUCAGAUACUGAAAUGACCUCUGAAACUCUUGAUAAGAAGCAAGGAGAGGAAUCAUCACAUGAUUUCAAAGAUCACUGCUUGACUCAGAAAGACUUGAGUAUACAGGGAAAUAGUACAGAAAUUCAGAGCAAGCUUGAAAAUGGAGGAAAGCCAGAACAAGAGUGGGAAGAAAAUGAGUCACUCAUGGAUCUCUCUAUAGAGGGCUUAGAUUCUCCUAUGAAGUUUGUCAAUGGCCUUGACAACCGGUCUUUGAAAGAGGAAGAUGAUGACAAUGAAGAUGAGGAAGAGCUUGCUACGGACCUUUCAAAACUCCACCUGGGUGUCAGUGACACAAGUGACUCAAAUACCUUGGAUGGCCUUCAACCUGUUCCUAACAAGAUGUGUGAAGUAUCUACAGAUGACCCCGAAAUGGCAUUUUGUACUCUGGCAAACAGGGAAGAGCUAAACCCUGAGGAAGAUUCAGUCCAUCAUUGUUUGUAUCAAUUUACCCGUAAUGAAACACUUACCGAGGCCAAUAAACUACUGUGUGAUGUGUGUACACAAAGGCAUUGUGGACCAAAGAAACACAUAAAUGAAAAGAAGUACGUUUAUACUAAUGCCAAAAAGCAGAUGCUCAUCUCUCUAGCUCCUCCAAUUUUAACCCUUCACUUAAAGAGGUUUCAGCAGGCUGGAUUUAAUCUGCAGAAGGUUAACAGGCAUAUCAAGUUCCCAGAAGUGAUAGACUUGGCUCCUUUCUGUACAGCUAAAUGUAAAAAUGUGGCUGAUGGGAAUACAAAGGUCUUGUACUCUCUCUAUGGAGUUGUUGAACACAGCGGAACAAUGAGGUCUGGGCACUACACUGCUUAUGUUAAAAUGAGAGCUAUGAAUAACCACCUCUCUGAUCUUGUCCUUCGAGGACAAUCUCAAGCUUCAGAAACUGAGCCAGUCAAAGUAUGAGAAUGUUUAUGACAAGACUGGAUGACCCCAUGUGACCUUCUAUAAGUAAAGAAAGAGAAGUCAUAAAAGAAAGGCAAAUUUUUUAAUUGCAGGUGGAAAGAGGGAGGCCAACAAAACAAAACAAACAAAAAAAGAAAAUUAGUAAUUAAAACCCCCACUGUUUUCUGAGAAAAGGCACAGGCAAGAAAGAACAACUGCAAAAUUCUCACUAGAAGAAUGCAGUUUAUCCAGCUCAAGUAUUUUGUGGUAUAUUUCUUGCUGUUUUCUCCUGCCAAACAUCUUAACCAUUGAAGGUCUCCCUUUUCUCUUUCUGGAAUACAGCUAGAAAGAGCGCUGUGUCAUUGUGGACAAGCUGCUAUUCUCAGAGGUGUCCAGCUGAAAGUCCUGUAUCAAUUGAUUUGUUCUGUCACUUUAAUAUGGCAUGACUUAACCACUUACAGUUUCAGCACCUGAAGUUGCCCAGCCCUACAAUUCUUUGCCCUUUGAUUGGUUGUGCUCCUUCACAACUGGCAUUUGUAAGUACAUGAAACUAUGCAGAAUUUGCACUAUGAGAUGGUGCCAAAUGAGUCAGGCCGGUAGAUCAACUAGGGCAUGGAAAGCAGAGAGGGGGGAAUAAGAGUGCAAGAAAAGAGUACACAAGAAGAGAGUACAAUCUUCUUUUUUCCUGCAACAGGGCUAUUUCUGCAACACCAUAUGUCGCCCUGAUUUUUUUAAGAUUUUCUAAGCCUUCUGAUGUUGACAUUCUUGUAGGGAACUUUCUCAAACACCUUCUGUAAAUAACUCAUUGUUUUGCAUUCUUUUAUGGAGGAGGAGAAAUUUGAUGGACUGUUGGUUUGUCCAGUGUCAUUGGAGAGGCGGCACUGUCAACCUCCAAUCCACUGUCACUUCUGAAAAUCUAUAUUAAUGUUGGAGUCAGAAAAUAAACUUCCCUUUUCUCUUCA